UCCCGGCGUGCUCCGCGCGCGCGCAGGGCGCUGUUUCUUGUCAAGGCAAGGCGGGGGUAGGCAAAGGCAAAAGGCAGGCCGCGGCGCUGCGGCCGCUCCUCUCCCGGGGCGAGGGGAGGAUUUGCCAGGCGGAGGAGGAGGACCAAAAUGGCGGCGGCGGGGUCCGGAGCCGCCGCCGCCGCGGCUUCGGGGCCCGGGCACAGCUCCUCGGCGUCCUCUUCCUCAGGCGGAGGAGGAGGAAGCGGAGGCGGCGGCAACAACAACAACGGCGGCGGUGGUUCUGUGGUGGCCUCCUCCUCCUCCUCCUCGUCGUCCUCGAACCCUCGCAAGUUCAGCGAGAAAAUCGCCCUGCAGAAGCAGCGCCAGGCCGAGGAGACGGCGGCCUUCGAGGAGGUGAUGAUGGAACUAGGCACCACCCGGUUGCAGGCCCAGAAGCUGCGCUUGGCACAUAGCCGUGGCCCAUACUACGGUGGUUCCUUGCCCAAUGUCAACCAGAUUGGGAGCGGAGCCUCUGACUUUCAGAGUCCCCUCCAUUCGCCACUGGACUCCGUUCGUGGCACGCGGCACCACAGCUUGGUGAAACAGGUGCAGCGGGAUCCCCGGCGGAUGAUGUCGCCCCUCCGCCGCUACAUGCGUCAGAUUGACAGCUCCCCUUACAGCCCUGCGUAUCUGUCGCCUCCUGCCGAACCCAGCUGGAGGAGGGCCAUGCCAUGGGGUAACUUUCCCACCGAGAAAGGACACUUGUUUAGGCUGCCGGUGGCACUCAACAGAACAAAUUCAGAUUCUGCCCUCCAUACGAGUGUGAUGAACCCCAAUCCGCAGGAUGCGUAUCUGGCCGCCUCCCAGGGUGCUCCCCCUCCGAAUCGCAAGACAGGUUACCUGGAGAAUGACAUGGAUAGCAAAGUGUUUCUUUUCCAAGUGCCUUCUAUCGAAGAGAGUCUCAUGGAUGAAGGCAAGCAGCUGCUGAAGCCCUGGGACACCAAAAAGCUCUCCUCAUCUUCCGCUCGUCCGAGGUCCUGUGAGGUGCCUGGGAUACACAUCUUCCCAUCCCCGGACCAGCCUGCCAACCUGCCUCUGAUUCCUGCCGCCAUGAACACGGGGGGCUCCCUCCCUGACCUCACGAACCUGCAUUUCCCGUCUCCACUGCCCACAGCUCUGGACCCAGAAGAGUCGGCCUAUCCUAGCUUGAGCGGCGGAAGCAGCACCAGCAACUUGGCAAACACCAUGACGCACCUGGGCAUCAGUGGCAGCAUGGGGCUUGGUCCCGGCUAUAACUCGCCAGGACUGUGCUCAUCUAUGCAGAGCUCCCUCAGUAACCCUUGCAUCCAGUCCUCGCUUAGCAAUCCCUCGCUCCAGGGCUCUCUUAGCAACCCUUCGCUCCGCUCGUCCCCCAGCAGCUCUUCCAUCCCUUCUUCCAUGAGCAACCAGUCCUUGCCCUCCUCCCUCAGCAAUCCCUCGCUCUCCUCUUCCCUCAGCAACCCUUCCCUCCCUUCCUCGCUCAGUAGCCAGUCGGUGCAGUCCGCUGCGGGCAACCCGGGCUUGCAGCCUCCCCCGCCGCAGCAGCCGCAGCAGCCUCAGCCACAACCUGGCUUCAGUGGUGGUGGUCCUGUCUCUUCCUCCGCUUCCUCCCCGUCAGCCCCGGCCGCUUCCUACGCCCCCCUGAACGCCUCUCCCCGGCGCAGGGUCGCCCCGCUCAGCCCCUUGACCCUCCCUAUGGGCGGAGACUCCAGAAGGCAGCACCCAAAACAGUUUUCACCAACUAUGUCACCCACAUUGUCCUCCAUCACGCAGGGGGUGCCGUUGGAUACCAGCAAACUGCCAGCCGACCAGAGGCUCCCUCCAUACCCAUACAGCCAACCUGGCUUGCUUCUCCAGCAGAGCCAGAAGCCCCACCACCAGGCCCAGGGAGUUUGCCCUCAGCAAGUGCGCCAGGCAGCCCAGCACCAGCCACAGCAACACCAGCCACCGCCACCACCUAUGCAGCCACAGUGUCCGUACCCGACGCAUUACCAGCCCAAUUCGAUGUUCCAACACCAGUUCAACCAGCAGCUGGGUGAUUUUGGACUGGGCAGUUUUGACCAGUAUGGCUUCGUUGACAACAUGACUGGAGGCUUCACGUUCAACAGCAAUUUCAUGGACGACCUGGGUGCCUUUAACUACUCCCAAGGCGACAACAUGGGCCAGUCGGGAGGUGCGGGGAGCAGCACCACCACAACCACCACCAGUGGCAGCACCCACGACCCCCACCUGCUUAAUCGCCAGAACCUGAGCAACUGCAACCGCCACGGCCCCAUACCCAACAUCAUUCUCACAGGGGAUUCUCCACCCGGGAUCUCCAAGGAGAUUGCCACGGUCUUGGCGGGUAUGCCCGGAUUCGAGAUGGACUCCUCUUCCCUGGGUUUGGACGAGGACCUGAAGAUCGAGCCGCUCACCUUGGAUGCGUUCAACAUGCUGAGCGAUCCCUAUGCCCCACUGACUGACACGGCUGUUGAGGAUUCCUUCCGCACCGACCGGCUCCAGUGAAAGGGAGGGAGAGGGGACCUGAAGCACCCCAAAUCACCCCCAUCCCACCACCCAAGAGGAAAGGACCUUCGCGAGCCAUGGAAGUAAACAAAAAGGCCAGCUCUUGCUUCCCAUACUCCGGGUGAUGGAGACCACCCUAGGCCACCUCCUUCCUGAAUUCGCAGUGCCCCUCUCUUCCCUAGAGACGUCUGUAUGGCUUGAACCUUCCUGGGGCAUUCUGGGACUGGACUUGGCAAAGGGCAGGAACUAGCCUGGGUUAAUGGGAGACCAGAAGGGGUGGGUAGGAGCGGACAGUCGCUCUUGCCCCACAUAUCUCUUGGCAGUGAGGGGUAGUAAAGCCGGAGCUCUGAGAGCUUUGAGCCCUCCAAAGAUAAGUGGGAGAAAACGGGACGCGAUUCAGGAAGUAACGUUCCAGCACGAGGGAUGGGUGCAUUUGUGAAUCUGAGGCACGACGCUGCCCCGUCAGUCCCAGCCAUUUCAUUGGCCCUGCAAUUUGUUCCUGUGUAUAUUUUAAUUUUUUUUACACCUCUGCCAAUAGCUAGAGACCUUCGUAGUGUGGAAGAGAGCAGCGGGGAAGGGAGGUGGGUGCGAAAUCCCUGGUUCCUUUUUUUGUUUGUUGCCUAAUCAUGAUUCUGUACAUAAUCCCUCCCUCUCUCCUCAUCCCCUCAUCCCUUUGGAACUGCCGUGUACAUGGGAGGAAGAGGGGAAGUGGAAGUCUCUUGUAAAGCACUUGUAACUUUGCAUUCUUAUUGUUGUGAGGUCAGCUCCAGCAUCUGAGCUUGAGCAGGAAUGGGGCGGGAAGGAAGGGGACAGGGACCGAUGAAAAACCGUGGGGUUUUAGGGAGAGGACAAGGGGGCAGCACUUACCUCCUUCCCAGUCCUUUCCCUCCCUCUCCCUCCCGCUACAGAGGAGAUUUUUUUUUAAAAAAAGAGUGAUUUUAUUAUUAUUUUUUAAAUAUAUGUUAAUUAUAACGA